AUGCUGGGCUUGAGGGGGGACAGGGGGGGAUUCCAGGCCACAGUGUCUCAGGGGGAGCUACCUGCCCAGCCCCCCCAGGCCUGUGGCACUGUCACAACCACAGUUUAUUUUAGAGUGGCCUUCAUGGCUCGGCUGCAGGAGAGGAAGGAAGUUCAGUCCUAUUUUGAGUCGGCGUCGGCAAAAACAGCUGCACCAGAGACACCGCUGGACGAGACCGACCCGUCCUCACUCAGGAGCUCCGUCCUUACUCAGGAGCUCCGUCCUCACUCAGGUGCUCCGUCCUCACUCAGGAGCUCCGUCCUCACUCAGGAGCUCCGUCCUCACUCAGGAGCUCCGUCCUCACUCAGGAGCUCCGUCCUCACUCAGGAGCUCCAUCCUCACUCAGGUGCUCCGUCCUCACUCAGGUGCUCCGUCCUCACUCAGGAGCUCCGUGAGGACGCUCCUGAGUGCUCCGUCCUCACUCAGGAGCUCCAUCCUCACUCAGGAGCUCCAUCCUCACUCAGGUGCUCCGUCCUCACUCAGGUGCUCCGUCCUCACUCAGGUGCUCCAUCCUCACUCAGGUGCUCCGUCCUCACUCAGGUGCUCCGUCCUCACUCAGGAGCUCCGUCCUCACUCAGGAGCUCCGUCCUCACUCAGGAGCUCCAUCCUCUCACUCAGGAGCUCCGUCCUCACUCAGGAGCUCCGUCCUCACUCAGGAGCUCCGUCCUCACUCAGGAGCUCCGUCCUCACUCAGGUGCUCCGUCCUCACUCAGGAGCUCCGUCCUCACUGAGCUCCGUCCUCUCACUCAGGAGCUCCGUCCUCACUCAGGAGCUCCAUCCUCUCACUCAGGAGCUCCGUCCUCACUCAGGAGCUCCAUCCUCUCACUCAGGAGCUCCAUCCUCUCACUCAGGAGCUCCGUCCUCACUCAGGAGCUCCAUCCUCUCACUCAGGAGCUCCAUCCUCUCACUCAGGAGCUCCAUCCUCUCACUCAGGAGCUCCUUUCCUCACUCAGGAGCUCCGUCCUCACUCAGGAGCUCCAUCCUCACUCAGGAGCUCCAUCCUCUCACUCAGGAGCUCCGUCCUCACUCAGGUGCUCCGUCCUCACUCAGGUGCUCCGUCCUCACUCAGGUGCUCCGUCCUCACUCAGGAGCUCCAUCCUCACUCAGGAGCUCCGUCCUCACUCAGGUGCUCCGUCCUCACUGAGCUCCAUCCUCACUCAGGAGCUCCGUCCUCACUCAGGUGCUCCGUCCUCACUCAGGAGCUCCGUCCUCACUGAGCUCCGUCCUCACUCAGGAGCUCCGUCCUCACUGAGCUCCGUCCUCACUCAGGAGCUCCGAGCUCCGUCCUCACUGAGCUCCGUCCUCACUCAGGAGCUCCAUCCUCACUCAGGAGCUCCAUCCUCUCACUCAGGAGCUCCAUCCUCACUCAGGAGCUCCAUCCUCUCACUCAGGAGCUCCAUCCUCUCACUCAGGAGCUCCAUCCUCUCACUCAGGAGCUCAGUCCUCACUCAGGAGCUCCAUCCUCACUCAGGAGCUCCAUCCUCACUCAGGAGCUCCAUCCUCACUCAGGAGCUCCGUCCUCACUCAGGAGCUCCGUCCUCACUCAGGAGCUCCAUCCUCACUCAGGUGCUCCAACCUCUCACUCAGGUGCUCCGUCCUCACUCAGGUGCUCCGUCCUCACUGAGCUCCGUCCUCACUCAGGAGCUCCGAGCUCCGUCCUCACUGAGCUCCGUCCUCACUCAGGUGCUCCGUCCUCACUCAGGAGCUCCGUCCUCACUCAGGAGCUCCGUCCUCACUCAGGAGCUCCAUCCUCUCACUCAGGAGCUCCGUCCUCACUCAGGUGCUCCGUCCUCACUCAGGAGCUCCGUCCUCACUCAGGAGCUCCGUCCUCACUCAGGAGCUCCGUCCUCUCACUCAGGAGCUCCGUCCUCACUCAGGUGCUCCGUCCUCUCACUCAGGUGCUCCGUCCUCACUCAGGUGCUCCGUCCUCACUCAGGAGCUCCGUCCUCACUCAGGAGCUCCGUCCUCACUCAGGAGCUCCAUCCUCUCACUCAGGAGCUCCAUCCUCUCACUCAGGAGCUCCGUCCUCACUCAGGAGCUCCGUCCUCACUCAGGAGCUCCAUCCUCUCACUCAGGAGCUCCAUCCUCUCACUCAGGUGCUCCGUCCUCACUGAGCUCCAUCCUCACUCAGGAGCUCCGUCCUCACUCAGGAGCUCCAUCCUCUCACUCAGGAGCUCCGUCCUCAUCAGGUGCUCCGUCCUCACUGAGCUCCGUCCUCACUCAGGAGCUCCGUCCUCACUGAGCUCCGUCCUCACUCAGGAGCUCCGUCCUCACUCAGGAGCUCCGUCCUUACUCAGGAGCUCCGUCCUCACUCAGGAGCUCCGUCCUCACUCAGGAGCUCCAUCCUCUCACUCAGGAGCUCCGUCCUCUCACUCAGGAGCUCCGUCCUCACUCAGGAGCUCCGUCCUCUCACUCAGGAGCUCCGUCCUCACUCAGGAGCUCCGUCCUCACUCAGGAGCUCCGUCCUCUCACUCAGGAGCUCCGUCCUCACUCAGGUGCUCCGUCCUCUCACUCAGGUGCUCCGUCCUCACUCAGGUGCUCCGUCCUCACUCAGGAGCUCCGUCCUCACUCAGGAGCUCCGUCCUCACUCAGGAGCUCCAUCCUCUCACUCAGGAGCUCCAUCCUCUCACUCAGGAGCUCCGUCCUCACUCAGGAGCUCCGUCCUCACUCAGGAGCUCCAUCCUCUCACUCAGGAGCUCCAUCCUCUCACUCAGGUGCUCCGUCCUCACUGAGCUCCAUCCUCACUCAGGAGCUCCGUCCUCACUCAGGAGCUCCAUCCUCUCACUCAGGAGCUCCGUCCUCAUCAGGAGCUCCGUCCUCACUCAGGAGCUCCGUCCUUACUCAGGAGCUCCGUCCUCACUCAGGAGCUCCGUCCUCACUCAGGAGCUCCAUCCUCUCACUCAGGAGCUCCGUCCUCUCACUCAGGAGCUCCGUCCUCACUCAGGAGCUCCGUCCUCUCACUCAGGAGCUCUGUCCUCACUCAGGAGCUCCGUCCUCACUCAGGAGCUCCGUCCUCUCACUCAGGAGCUCCGUCCUCACUCAGGAGCUCCGUCCUCUCACUCAGGAGCUCCGUCCUCACUCAGGAGCUCCGUCCUCACUCAGGAGCCCCAUCCUCCGCUAGUUCAACAGGAGGUCACUGUGGCCGCUGCUGCUAAAAACAUCCGCAACCUUAUGGCGUCACUACCCAGAAUGCACUGCGACGUAAACAACAAUGGCUGCCUACGACUGGAGCCUGUGUGGCUCUCACCGUUACCUCUGGACCAGACUGGAGCCUGUGUGGCUCUCUGGACCAGACUGGAGCCUGUGUGGCUCUCACCGUUACCUCUGGACCAGACUGGAGCCUGUGUGGCUCUCUCCGUUACCUCUGGUCUGGACCAGACUGGAGCCUGUGUGGCUCUCUGGACCAGACUGGAGCCUGUGUGGUUCUCACUGUUACCUCUGGAUCAGACUGGAGCCUGUGUGGCUCUCUGGACCAGACUGGAGCCUGUGUGGUUCUCACUGUUACCUCUGGAUCAGACUGGAGCCUGUGUGGCUCUCUGGACCAGACUGGAGCCUGUGUGGUUCUCACUGUUACCUCUGGAUCAGACUGGAGCCUGUGUGGCUCUCACCGUUACCUCUAAACCAGACUGGAGCCUGAGAGACUUGGGUAACCUGCCCUCGGACCCUCCUCUUUCUCUGCCUUUGAUUUCCCAUACAUCAUCCCUCACCACAGAUGUACAGACACGGUGCUAG